UGGAAAUUUACAUCAAAGCUGUAUGACCUAGACUUUGUGGAUGAUAUUGCAUUGCUCUCUUCCACCAAGCAGCAAAUGCAAUAUAAAUUGAACAAGCUUGAUGCAGAAGCUAGGUGUGUGGGAUUGAAGAUCAAUGUGGAGAAGACAAAGAUGAUGUGAAUUAACCUGAGCAGCCAAGAACAGUUUACCAUCAGAAUGCAAGACAGGAUUGAGGAUGUGGAGGAAUUUAGUUAUCUAGGAGCGACAGUAUGUAAAGAUGGUGGGGGCAUGAAAGACCUGAAGAACCGUUUGUCAAAAGCGAGAGGGGCAUUUAUUAGACUGAAGAAGAUCUGGAGAUCCAGCAAUAUAUCAAGGAAAACUAAACUCAGGCUCUAUAAGACACUGGUUGUGCCGGUCCUGGUAUAUGGCUGUGAAAUGUGGAAAAUGAAUAAAGGAGAUAGCAAAAUGAUAGAUGUCUUCAACAACAAAUGUCUUUGAAGGAUAAUGAAAGUGCAGUGGGAAGACCAUGUGUCUACAGAGGAACUCCUGAAGCAGGCAAACUGCAGAUCGCUAAGCAGCGACGUGAAGCAGAGGAAAUGGAAGAUGAUUGGACACAUUUUAUGGCAAGGCAGAUAUAA